AUGCGCACGAUUGCAACCCUACUCAGUUUGGCUGUUGGCAGCUACGCCUUGAAACAAAGGGCUGCAUCUGCAUCUGCAUCUGCAUAUUCUUCUAACUCGGCCGGAAACUACAAAAUAUCCUCCGUCACAGCGCCUGUUCAGGGAGAAGGUGAUCCGGGCUUGAGCUCAACAUGGAAGCUGACUGUUGAUGAUACAAGCUCGGGACAUAAGCAAACCAUUGUGGGCUUCGGAGCAGCUGUCACUGAUGCGACGGUGGAAUCCUUCAAUACACUAUCUGAUUCGAACCUUCAAGCCCUUUUGAAUGAUCUUCUCACCGAUUCGGGUGCCAACUUUGCCUUGAUGCGACAUACUAUCGGCGCGUCAGACCUUUCCGGAGACCCAUCCUAUACAUAUGAUGAUAAUGGUGGCUCCGAAGACACCUCCCUGUCUGGAUUUAGCCUGGGCGAUCGAGGAACAUCCAUGGCAAAAUUUCUGGCUUCCAUGAAGUCGUUGCAGUCCGACCUCACAGUCCUCGGGUCCCCUUGGAGUGCCCCUGGCUGGAUGAAACUGAACGGGGUGAUCGAUGGAAACACCACAGACAAUAAUCUCAACGACGGAUAUUUGAGCGAAGGCACCGGGGACUCGGGGUAUGCUAGUGCAUUUGCCCAGUACUUUGUCAAGUAUAUCCAAGCCUACCAAGAUCUUGGCGUCUCUGUCGACGCGAUCACAAUCCAGAACGAGCCGUUGAACAGCCAAUCCGGAUACCCGACGAUGUACGUAUACGCCGACGAGUCUGCACAGCUGAUUCAGAACUAUAUCGGCCCUGCUCUCUCUCAUGCCAACCUCAACACGAAAAUAUGGGCAUAUGACCAUAACACAGAGCUCUCAGAUGUCACGUCUUACCCACAAACCGUCGUCAAUGACGCCGGCCAAUACGUCGACUCGGUUGCAUGGCACUGCUACGCCACCAAUGUAGACUGGACGGUCCUUAGCUCCUUCCACGACAUAAAUCCCAACAUCAACCAGUAUAUGACCGAGUGCUGGACACCCUCUUCCGGUUCCUGGAACCAGGCAGCCGACUUCACCAUGGGUCCCCUGCAGAAUUGGGCUGCUGGCGUGGCAGCGUGGACUCUUGGCACCGACUCCAGCGAUGGUCCGCAUCUGUCCUCUGGUGGCUGCGGCACGUGUACUGGCCUCGUGACAGUCAACGAUGAUGGAAGCUACACUUUCGAGACUGCUUACUACAUGAUGGCUCAGUUCAGCAAGUUUAUUCCGGUCGGGGCCACGAUACUGAGUGGAAACGGCAGUUACACCUACUCCAGUGGCGGGGGCGUGCAGUCUGUGGCGUCUUUGAAUCCGGAUGGGACUCGUUCUGUUGUGAUUGAAAAUCUGUUUGAUAACGAUAUCUAUUUGACGCUCAGUACUGAGAGUGGAGAAGAAUGGUCCGGAGAUAUCCCGAGUGAGUCGGUCACUACUUGGAUUCUUCCAGCUUCUUCUUAG